GGAAGCGCCGGCGGCCCCGGAGCGCAGGUAAACAGCCAAGAUGGCGGCGGAGGCCGCGGGCCCGGCGGGGCCCGGCAGCGGCGGCGGGACGGGCCUGACGGACCUGCCGGGCGAGCUGCUGGAGCUCAUCCUCUGCUGCGACGUGCUGGGCGCCGCCGACAUCGGCCGCGUGUCCUGCACCUGCCGCCGGCUGCGCGAGGCGUGCCAGCCCCGCGGCAAGGUGUGGCGGGAGCGCUUCCGCCUCAGGUGGCCGUCCCUGCUGAAGUACUACAGCCACAGCGACAGUGUCAGCUGGCUGGAGGAGUACAAGGCGCGCCACCACGCGGGGCUGGAGGCACAGAGGAUUGUGGCUUCCUUCUCCAAAAGGUUCUUCUCAGAACACGUCCCCUGUGAUGGGUUCAGUGACAUUGAGACUCUGGGGUGCCCCAGCCAUUUCUUCGAGGAUGAGCUGAUGUGUAUCCUCAACAUGGAAGGAAGGAAAGGUCUCACCUGGAAGUACUAUGCAAAGAAAAUUCUCUAUUUCCUACGGCAGCAGAACAUACUGAAGAACCUGAAGGAGUAUCUGCAGCGCCCCACGGAGCGGCAGUCCUUCCUGGAGGGUGCUGUUCUGAUUGAUCAGUACUGUAACCCCCUAUCAGACAUCUGCCUGAAGAGUGUCCAGGCUCAGGUGGACGAUAUCACAGACAAAGUGCGCAAAGUGCUGCGGACCAAGAACCCCAGGCACCCCAGCUUGGCUUCCAAGGCAGGAGAGAUUCUCAUUCCAGAAGUGGAACUUCAGAGGCAGGUGCUUGAUGCCAUGAACUGUGUCCUGUAUGAGCAGCUGAAAUACAAAGGCAAUGAGCUGGAUUACUACAACUCCCUGAAUUCCUACAUUCACCAGGUUUUGAUCCGCAGGACAGGGAUUCCCAUCAGUUUGUCUGUGCUGUAUUUAACAAUUGCCAGGCAGCUGGGAGUCAAACUGGAGCCUGUCAACUUUCCCAGCCAUUUCCUGCUGCGGUGGUGUCAGGGGAAAGAGGGGAGCACAGAUAUUUUUGACUACACCUACAUCGAUGCCUUUGGGAAGGGGAAGCAGCUGACAGUGAAGGAGUGCGAGUACCUGAUCGGGCACCACGUGACAGAGGAGUUCUAUGGCGUGGUGACCUCCAAGGAGGUGCUGCAACGCAUGGUGGGGAAUCUGCUCAACCUGGGCAAGAGGGAGAGCACUGACCAGUCCUACCAACUGCUGAGAGACUCCUUGGACCUGUACCUGGCCAUGUAUCCAGACAAUGUGCAGCACCUCAUGCUCCAGGCCAGGCUGUACUUCCACCUGGGAAUCUGGCCAGAAAAGGUGCUGGACAUCCUGCAGCACAUCCAGGUGCUGGACCCGUCGCAGCACGGGGCCGUGGGGUACCUGGUGCAGCACACCCUGGAGCACAUCGAGCGGCGCAAGGAGGAGCUGGGCCCCGAGGUCAAGCACCGCUCUGAUGAGAAGCACAAGGAGGUUUGCUUCUCCAUCGGCCUCAUCAUGAAACACAAGAGGUAUGGCUACAACUGUGUGAUUUAUGGCUGGGAUCCUGCCUGCAUGAUGGGCCACGAGUGGAUCCGGAACAUGAACGUGCACAGCCUCCCCCACGGCCCCCACCAGCCCUUCUACAACGUCCUGGUGGAGGAUGGCUCCUGCAGAUAUGCUGCCCAAGAGAACCUGGAGUACAACUCGGAGCCUCGGGAGAUCCCUCACCCCGACAUCGGCCGCUAUUUCUCCGAGUUCACCGGCCUUCACUACCUGGCAAAUACCGAGCUGGAAAUUCGGUACCCGGAGGAUCUGGAGCUCACCCGAGCCACAGUGGAGAAGAUUUACAGCCCAGGCAAGGAGUGAGUGCCAAAGGCAGCCUGGGGACAGAAGCAGCUGGAGUGUAGCUUUACCCUCUUCGCAGAACUUGCAUGGGAAGCAAGUUUGGUGACAAUCUUUGGCUUAAUGCAUUGAAAACUGCAUUGAACUUGGAAACUGGUGCUACAGCAUCUUCCCGUUGUCUGCCUGCCCAUCCUGGCCCACAGGCACAGGGACACUUUGGUACUUGAGGCCCAGCAGGAGGACCUUGCAGGGACAGCUGUGCCAGGAGCGUUGUCCUUGGGAGGGAUCUGCACUUUCUGCUCCUGUGGUGGCCUUAGAAGGUCAACACAGCGAGAUCCUGGUGUGGAAUAUGGAGGAACCCCCUCUUCCAGAGAAGGAAGUUGCUUGUCCUGGCAGUAUGUUUGUUUGGCUGUGUCUGUCUGGUUUGGUUUGAGUCUAUACCAUGCAGAUGAUAGUUUUUAAAGUC